AGAGGGAGACAAGCCGAUCGGGAGGAGGCGAGGGUUUAUUCCUCACCAGUGUGGUGCUGUGAGCGCAGGCAGCAGCGGUGUGCGCAGUUUGUGUGUGCGGCUCUGGAGGGAAGAUGCGUGUGCUUGUUGCUCGCCGGACGGAGAGAGGCGGCGAAGAGAGAAUGAGUUUUCAGCACAGCUAACAAUCAUCUCUCACUUCUUUUUCUUAAUUGAAAUAUUUAACUUUUGCGCUUCUUUUCCUCCUGCGCGCACCUGAGCUGACAUGUUUGGCUCUUUAGGCUUCUAGGUUUAUUUGUUAUCGAUUCUUCCUUUUGGUUUUAUUGUGUUUAUUGGACGAAUCGAGGAUUUUUAUUUUUGUUACAUUUUUUCGAAAUUUCAUUUUGGGGACACUUUCUUCCAUGCGACUCCUGCCUCUGACUCAGCACCGCUCACCUGGACCGGAGCGCACCGAGCUCAGCUCCCUCAUGUUCCUCGCACGACAGCGCUCGAACACCGGGGGGCGACUGCACUGAGGCCCCGCUGGUGCGGUGCAGUCGGUCCAGAGGACGGGAGACCAUUCGUGUGGAUCAUAGUCCCCCUUGUACCAGAAGACAAUCGACAGCAGGAAGCGCAAACCUCCCCCUCUUCAUCUUCAUCCCAACGUGAAGGAUUGAGGGAGCGAGAGAGGGAGAGGACCAGCGAGAGAGGGAGAGAGCGAUAUUUGCAUGCUCCCCUUUCUUAAAUUUCUAAUGACUUGUUGAAGAAAUAAAGGUAGAAACUACUGGAAGAAAGAGUGGUGGAGGGGAGACAAGAAGAAAAAGCAUAAGCUUGGAUAUUGAAAGGAGCAGGGCAUGUGGAUAUUGGCUCUUAUCUUUUCCCAGUGCAUCUUGAAUGUUUUCUGUGAAGAUCUACGUUCCAGCUUAUAUUUUGUCAAUGCAUCUGUGCAAGAGGUAGUGUUUGCCAGCACCACAGGGACAUCGGUGCCCUGUCCCGCUGCCGGUGUGCCCCCUGUCUCACUGCGCUGGUACUUGGCCACCGGCGAGGAGAUCUAUGAUGUGCCAGGGAUCCGCCAUGUGCACCCCAAUGGCACCCUUCAGAUCUUCCACAUCCCCCCUUCCAGCUUCAGCAAGCUCAUCCAUGACAACACCUACUAUUGCACAGCUGAGAACCCCUCAGGAAGAAUCAGAAGCCAAGAUGUCCACAUUAAGGCUGUCCUACGAGAACCCUACACUGUCCGAGUGGAGGACCAGAAAGCCAUGAGAGGCAAUGUGGCGGUCUUCAAGUGCAUUAUCCCUGCCUCAGUUGAGGCAUACAUCACUGUUGUGUCCUGGGAGAAAGACACAAUGUCAAUCAACGCUGAAAUGUCACGCUUUCUCAUCACGUCCACGGGCGCCCUGUAUAUUCUGGAUGUGCAAAUGGAAGAUGGGCUGUACAACUACAGGUGUAUGACACGGCACCGCUACACUGGAGAGACCCGACAGAGCAAUAGUGCCCGCCUCAUCGUCUCAGAUCCCACCAACUCGGCGCCUCACAUCCUGGACAGUUUCGAACGUCGCGAGGUGAUGGCGUCCCAUCGAGUCGAGCUGCCCUGCAAAGCCUCUGGUCACCCUGCGCCCAAAUACCGCUGGCUGAAGGACAACAGGCCUCUGGAGCCCAACACGCGCUACAGACAGAGCGUGACCGGUCUCCUUAUAGAACGGACUCAGCCGAGUGACACCGGAACCUAUGUGUGCGAGGUCUGGAACGGGUACGGAAACGCAGAGGUGGUCGGUCGGCUUCAUGUGAAAGAGACCCUGAAGGUGGUGGUGAGUCCUCGCAAGGUGAAAGGAAGUGUUGGCAGCCAGGUGUCACUGUCCUGUGGCGUAACUGGUUCUGAAGAGUAUCAGCUGUCCUGGUACCGCAACGGUGAACUCAUCUACCCCAGUAACAGCGUCCGUAUGACGGGUCAGAACCGGGAGAACCUUGUGAUGGCUGGCAUGGCCAAGAGCGACGGAGGGGCUUACCAGUGCUUUGCUAGACACGGCAAGAUGUCCGCCCAGGACUAUGUUCAAGUCAUACUGGAAGAUGGAACCCCCAAGAUCUUGGCUUCGUUCAGCGAAAAGGUCUACAACAUCAACGAGUUUGUGUCGCUGUCGUGCACGGUGAAAGGAACGCCGGAGCCCCGAGUCACAUGGACGUUGGACGACGAGCCCGUAGUGCGAGACAGUCGCCACCGGAUCUCCUACUACAUCAACGGAGAGGGACACGUGGUCAGCCACCUGAACAUCAGCCAGACCCAGGUCCCAGAUGGAGGGGUGUACCGGUGUAUCUGCAACAACUCGGCCGGGACUGUUUCCUACCAGGCGCGAAUAAACGUAAGAGGGCCUGCCAGCAUCAGACCAAUGAAAAACCUCACUGCCAUCGCUGGGCGGGACAUGUACAUUCACUGCCGCGUCAUCGGUUACCCGUACUACUCAAUCAAGUGGUACAAAGACUCCAAUCUGCUGCCCUACAACCACCGCCAGAGAGCCUUUGAGAACAACGGCACCCUCAAGCUUUUCGACGUGCAGAAGGACGUGGACGAGGGAGAAUACACCUGCAAUGUCCUGGUGCAGCCUCAGCUCUCCACACACCAAAGUGUCUACGUUACUGUGAAAGUUCCUCCAACCAUCCAUCCAUUUGAAUUCCCUCGAUUCUCCAUCGGGCAGCGAGUGUUCAUACCAUGCGUGGUCAUGUCCGGUGACCAGCCGGUCUUCAUCACCUGGCAGAAGGACGGGCGGCCGAUCCCGGACAGUCUUGGCGUCACGAUCGACAACAUCGACUUCACCAGCUCCCUGCGCAUCUCCAACCUCACGCUCAUGCACAAUGGCAACUACACCUGCAUCGCACGGAACCAAGCCGCUGCUGUGGAGCACCAGAGCCAGCUCAUCGUCCGAGUCCCGCCAAAGUUUGUGGUGCAGCCGAAGGAUCAGGAUGGAAUCUAUGGGAAAGCUGUGAUACUAAACUGCUCAGCUGAGGGGUAUCCUGUCCCCACCAUCCAGUGGGAGUACUCAAAAGGUGCUGGUGUCCCUCAGUUCAAACCCAUUGCCCUUAACUCAGGCUUCCGGAUCGAGGUGCUGAUAAAUGGGUCUCUGCUCAUCAAACACGUGCUGGAAGAAGACAGCGGCUUUUACCUGUGUCGAGUGAGCAAUGACGUGGGUGCAGAUGUCAGCAAGUCCAUGUAUCUCAAUGUGAAAAUCCCGGCAAUGAUCACGUCGUACCCCAACACCACGCUGGCCACGCAGGGGGAGGAGAAGAAAAUGAGCUGCACAGCUCAGGGAGAGAAACCUAUCAUGGUUCGCUGGGAGAAGGAGGAGCGAAUCAUCAACCCAGAGACCAGCCGCUAUGUGGUUUCUUUCAAGGAAGUUGGGGACGAAGUCAUCUCCACCCUGCAGAUCAUGCCCACUGUGAGGGAGGACUCAGGCUUCUUCUCCUGCCACGCCAUCAACUCCUUUGGUGAGGACCGAGGAAUCAUCCAGCUGACAGUUCAAGAACCACCUGAUCCUCCUGAGGUGGAGAUCAGGGAGGUGAAGGACAGAACCAUUGCUCUGCGUUGGACCAUGGGGUUUGACGGCAACAGUCCCAUCACUGGGUUCGACAUUGAGAGCAAGAACAAAUCAGCCUCCUGGGACACGGCUCAGAAGACCAAAGACGUCUCCCCUCAGCUCAACCAGGCCACCAUCAUCGACCUGCAUCCCUCCUCCACGUACAACAUCCGAAUGUUUGCCAAGAAUCUGAUCGGAAAGAGCGAGGCCAGCAACGAGCUCACCAUCACCACCGACGAAGCAGCUCCUGAUGGACCCCCACAGGAUGUCCAGUUGGAGGCCCAGUCGUCUCAGAGCAUCAGAGUCAGCUGGAGGGCUCCAAAGAAACACCUCCAGAAUGGAGCCAUCAAGGGUUACCAGGUGGGCUACAGGGAGUACAGCUCAGGCGGAAACUACCAGUUCAGUGUGAUCAGUGUGGAGACGACCGGAGACAACGCCGAGAGUCUUGUGCUGGACAAUCUGAAGAAGUUCACUCAGUACGGAGUGGUGGUGCAAGCCAGUAACAGUGCUGGGACUGGGCCCUCUUCAACUGAGGUGGCUUCUACCACACUGGAGGAUGUGCCCAGCCGUCCUCCUGAGAACGUCCAAGCCACGGCUACGUCUCCAGAGGUCAUCUCCCUGUCAUGGCUGACUCCUCCCAAAGAUGCUCUGAACGGAAACCUGCUCGGAUUUCGGGUGAUCUACUGGGCCAACCUGCCGGACGGAGAGCUGGGGGAGAUCCGGAACGUGACAACCUCGAAGCCCUCGCUGGAGCUGGACGGGCUGGAGAAGUACACCAACUACAGCAUCCAGGUGUUGGCCUUCACCCGUGCCGGCGACGGCGUUCGCAGCGAGCAGAUUUACACCCGCACCAAGGAAGACGUUCCGGGUCCUCCAGCGGGCGUGAAGGCCGCCGCUGCGUCCAACUCUGUGGUGUUCGUGUCGUGGCUUCCUCCUCUCAAAGUCAACGGCAUCAUCAGGAAGUACACUGUUUUCUGCUCCAACCCACACCCCACGGUGAGCAGUGAGUUCGAGGCAGCCCCAGACGUGUUCUUCUACCGCAUACCAAACCUGAGCCGGAACCGGCAGUACAGCAUCUGGGUGGUGGCCGUCACCGCGGCGGGACGAGGAAACGCCAGUGACAUCAUCACUGUGAAGCCCAUGGCGGAGGCUCCUGCUCGGAUCCUGACCUUCAACAGGACAGUGACCACGCCGUGGAUGAGGGACAUCGUGCUGCCGUGCAAAGCCGUGGGAGACCCAUCGCCAAACGUCAAGUGGUUCAAGGAGAUCAAUGCCACCCCAGCGCCUGUGGUGAUUGACAGCAGGCGCAGCGUCCACGGUAACGGCAGCCUGGUGAUCCGCACCAUCAAAGCAGAGGAUUCUGGAAACUACACCUGCAUGGCCAGCAACAGCUUUGGUUCAGACAAGAUCGUGCUCAACUUGCAAGUCCAAGUCCCACCAGACCAGCCUCGCCUCACCGUCACCAAGACCACCACCACGUCCAUCACCCUCUCCUGGAUCCCUGGAGACAACGGUGGCAGCUCCAUCAGAGGCUACAUCCUGCAGUACUCCGAGGACAACAGUGAGCAGUGGGGGAACUUUCCCAUCAGUCCCAGCGAGCGCUCGUAUCGGCUGGAGAACCUCAAGUGUGGAACCUGGUACAAGUUCACUCUCACAGCCCAGAAUGCAGUGGGGCCUGGACGCAUCAGUGAGAUCAUUGAAGCAAAGACUCAUGGGAAAGAACCUCAGUACUCUAAAGAACAGGAGCUCUUCACGAGCAUCAAUGCCACCCGGGUCAAGCUCAACCUCAACGGCUGGAACAACGGCGGCUGUCCCAUCACCUCCUUCACUCUGGAGUAUCGCUCGGUGGAGUCGCAGACGUGGACCACCGCUCAGCGCACGUCGCUCACCAAGAGCUACAUCCUGUACGACCUGCAGGAGGCCACCUGGUACGAGCUGCAGAUGAAGGUCUACAACAGCGCCGGCUACGCUGAGAAGAGGGUCAAGUUCGCCACGCUCAGCUAUGACGGCAGCACCAUCGCUCCACUGGUGAAGGCCCCUAACGUCAGCGAGGUCACUCCUGGUGGCGGCGAGGGUUUGAAGAUGAUGGUGACCAUUUCCUGCGUGCUGGUAGGCAUCGUGGUCAUCUUCAUCGGGCUGCUGGUCCUCAGGAGGAGGCGGCGUGAGCAGAGACUGAAGAGACUCCGAGAUGCCAAGAGCCUGGCUGAGAUGCUGAUGAGUAAAAACACCCGUCCAGCUGAGCCCAUCAAUAAACAGCAGCAGACGCUGAGGAUGCACAUCGAUAUUCCGCGAGCUCAGCUGCUGAUCGAGGAGCGAGACACCAUGGAGACCGUUGGUGAGUGCUCAUGGCCCAACUCAAGUUUGGUCCCGGGGACCUUGCUUGACCUCGGGUGUCUAUCCCCUCCAGACGACAGGAGCACGGUGCUUCUGACCGACAAUGACUUUGGGGAAACCCAGAAACAGAAGUCGUCCACGGUCACCCACACGGUCCACUACCAGUCCCUGUCCCAGGCCACCGGCCCGCUGGUGGACGUGUCUGAUGCCAGACCAGGAACCAACCCGACCGCCCGCCGCACAGCCAAAGCCGGUCCAGCCGCUCGCAACCGUUACGCUAGCCAGUGGACCCUGAACCGUCCGCACCCUCCCGUCUCCUCCCACACCCUCAGCACCGACUGGCGGCUGCCCACGCCCAGAGUGGCCGGCUCGGUGGACAAGGAGAGCGACAGCUACAGCGUCAGUCCGUCUCAGGACACAGACCGCGCGCGGAGCAGCAUGGUGUCAACGGAGAGCGCCUCCUCCACCUACGAGGAGCUGGCCCGCGCCUACGAGCACGCCAAGAUGGAGGAGCAGCUGCGCCACGCCAAGUUCACCAUCACCGAGUGCUUCAUCUCCGACACUUCCUCCGAGCAGAUGACGGCGGGGACCAACGACUACACCGACAGCCUCACCUCCAGCACGCCGUCCGAGUCAGGCAUCUGCCGCUUCACUGCAUCCCCGCCCAAACCUCAGGACGUCAGCCGGGUCAUGACCAUGGCGGUGCCCAAAGCCCACAGACCGGGAGGCGAGCUGGUUCACCUCCCGCCGUACCUGCGCAUGGACUUCCUUCUAAACCGGGGCAUGUCUUGCUCGGGCACGUCCAGAGGAACGGCCAGCAGCGAGCGGGCGGCCAUGGGCCAGGCCUGCCUGGAGCCGCAGAAGAGCCGCUCGCUGAAGCGGCCCUCUCGCAUGGCGCCCCCCACCCCCACAGAGGCCCCUCAGGCCAGCAGGGACCCGGCCGCCCAGUGGCAGCCCGGCUCGGCCGCCACGCUCCCACACAGAGAGGGCUCGGAGCUGGCCCAGGCCGCCAAGCUCAGCACCUCCCAGGAGUCCCUGCUGGACUCGCGAGGACAUCUCAAACAGAGCAGCAACCCCUACGCAAAGUCCUACACGCUGGUAUAACAGCAGGGGGCGCCGGGCGGACUGGAACUCACUAACACUGGACUUAACACUCAAGUGCAGUAAACUGACUCACCACGCAGUUCUGUAUAUACAACCCCCCCUCCCUCCCCCCGAGGGCGGGGCCACUUUUACUAAUCGACUUUUAAUUUAUUUUAGAGGCUUCUUUCAUCUCUUCUUUCUAUUUCUUUUCUUUUUCACUCGAGAAAAUCUUCACGCGACGGAAAGCAACUCCAGAACGGCGCGUUUGCCAAAACCAAUUAACGAGGGAGCGUUAUUUAUUCUCUUCUUUGCGACGAGUCGGUGACUGUCAAUUGUAGGUCAUCAGCCGUCGAGCGGCGUUUUUAAUAGAAACUCUUGGUUUCGGUGUUUCCGGAGCAGAGGGGCGUUUGGAGUUCUUGUUUUUUUUGUUGUUUUUUUUUUCCGAUGGAAUUUCCUCAAACAUGGGACGACAGAAAAUUGACACCGGUCCAAACUUUUCCGCUGCUCUCGAAAAAAAAAAUUGUUACUUUUUUUGAAGAAAAAAAAAAUCUAUUUCCUAUGGAUGCAUGGGGACUGACCAAGACAAUGAGAAUUUAGGACGCUGGCUGGACAUCCCAGUCAACCAUUUUGUCACUAUGAAAUGAUCCAAUGUGAAGAUUUAUUAUUCUUAUUACUAUAAAUAUAUAUAUAAAAAGAGAAAUCACUUUUAUUUGUGGAUAUUACAGGGAAGAUUUGAUUUGGUUAAUAAAGUCCUUAGUCAUGUUUGCACAUAUCUGGUUUGAAUUAGGAAAUGGAGUCUCUGUUGUGUCCCAUUCUCUGAUGGUGCAAUAUGGAAAAAAAAAGUCUAUGAAAAAGUCUAUGAUGAGAACUAUUGCUCUAUUCUGUACUGUAAUGAUGACGUAUGUAGUGAGUCCACUUACAGGGCGGGAGCCGAGCGCUCAGGCGGCCGCAGCUGCUGCGUCCGGCCGCUAAAUGAUGUGAGUCAGAGCCAGAGCGAGUGUUUGUGUCCAGAUAAAUCUCCCUACUCUCAGUGCACUAGGCGGAGUCUUCACGACUCUCUCUCUCUCUCUCCUCAGUAGAUAUAUGUCGCCGCACCACGGCGACGCUCCUCUACAGGGAAAACAAAUAAACGUGAGACAAUCCAGCAGAGCCCCCACCCCCCACCCCGCCCCCCUCCUUCAAACCAAACAUGUCUAUGGGAAAUAUCUGAAAAAAAAAUGUGCUAAGAAGCUGUUUUCUGUUCCUGUCUCGCCACCCCCCCGACCCCCCCACCCGGCCCCACUUCUGUUGUCUCUUUAGUUUCACCCAAAGGGAGAGUUUAAUCCAAAAUGCUGUGAGGUCAUUUUGUCAGUUUCUAUGAUUAGUUCUUUGAUUAACUGUCUUCAUUAUGAUGAUACAUUUUAACUACAAUUUAAAAAAAAAAAAAAAAAGAAAUGUCACUUUUUAUUUUUUAACACGCGUGUUCACCGCGGUGGCACGGGAAUAAAGAGAAACUAACACCAAGUUACAAUUUGAUGAAUAAAAUGGCUGUUCCCCAAAGUGUCCUGCGAGGGUUUGACUGUGCGCCACUUUCCUCCGCCGCUGGAGGGCGCUGCAGCGUUGGAAAGGAGCCUCCUCUACCUGAACCUGAAGGUCAUCCGCCUCACAUCCUCCUGUGCCACGUCGGUUUCCUGGAUCUCUUCCUUCUGCCUUUGCCCAGGUCUGACAGUGCUGUCCAGCAGGAGGCGCUGUUGAAAUGAAUUCACUACUUCGAAAAACCUUGCAUUGUCGUGCGUCAUCGCGAGAUGUAUUUAUAUCUCUAUAUCUCUCUUUUUUUUUUUUUUUUACCAUAAUACGACGAAUAUUGAUUUAGCAUUUUGGAAUAACAUUUAAAAAUUACAUUUUAAAAUAUUUACCGUCAAAUAAAAAGGGGGGAUCCAGCAGUUAUUAUUUUUAUUUUAUUAAUUGGCUGCAAGCGCUGUUACACAUUCUCACCACUGGAGGGAGCUGUGCACCGUAAAGCGGCUGAAAUGGCACAGGAGUCGUCUAUUCAAUCACUUUUAUAUAGAGGUGGGAUUCGAUUAAAAAUUUAUGAAUUAAUCUCAGUUUAAUUGUAUGAUAAUAUAUGCUACAGGAAGCCACAUUUUUGGUAUAUUAGUGUAUCAAAUGAUGGAGCCAUACAUACAUUUAAACAACAAAAUAUUGUUUAUUUUGCAUCAGUUUGACAAUAGCACAAUGCAUCUU